GAGGAGGACCGCACCACCACACCACACUCCACGCUCCCGAGCUCUCUCCCCAGCCGGCCACGCCAGCGCGCGAGCUAGACGGUGACUCUCCCCUCUCAGGGUCAGUGCAACGGCAACCAUGGCGUUCACGCACCGGCACGACCUCGACCUCAUCCGCGCCCACCUCCUCGACGACCUCCACGCCGACGCCGUCGCCCUCACCAGCAGCGGCGGUGACUCCGACUCGAGUGCUUCGUCGCCGCCUGGGUGGCGGAGGCCGGCGCUCUCCUUGUCGCUGCCGCCGAAGCUAGCGAUGACGGUCAUGGAGCAGCAGCCUCAGCAGGAGAGCUGCGGCUACGUGGAGGGACAGGACGAGGAGGAGGACUUCCGGCGGUACCGGGGCGUGCGGCUGAGGUCGUGGGGCAAGUUCGCGGCGGAGAUCAGGGACCCGGCGCGGAAGGGCGCGCGCGUGUGGCUCGGCACCUACGACGACGCCGUGGAGGCCGCGCGCGCCUACGACCGCGCCGCCUUCCGCCUCCGCGGGUCCAAGGCCAUCCUCAACUUCCCCAACGAGGUCGGCACCCAAUCCAUCCAAUGGACCUCGCCUGCUCCCCUCGCCGACACCAUCGCUGCCGUGACCACCGGCGGCAAGAGGAUGAGGCCGGCACAGGAGGAAGAGCGCCUGAGGGAGGUGAAGAAGGAGAGGCUGCAGCUGAAAGAGGAUGAGGAGGAGGGUGCUAGGGACGCCGACUUCUGGGAGGAGCUGAAGGUGAUCUGCAGCCUGCCGCCCCUCUCGCCGCUGUCGCCGUACCCGCACUUCGCCUUCCCGCAGCUCUCGGUCGUCAGCUGAGCAGAGCCGGCCGGAGCGCAGGUCGCUGGCCCGCUAGACCUGUCGACUGUCGUGUCGCGUGCAUGGCAGGGGGGCGCCCUCUGCCUAACCCUGAAUUUGGUUAGAUCACAGGGCGUUCUUUGAUUAAUCUGUCAUCACUACGAUAAAUUCAUUCGUUCUUUCGUAA